AUGUUGGUUGCAGAAUUGAAACUUGGUGGCUUGGACGCUACUGCUGUAGGUGAUGAAGGUGGUUUCGCCCCCAACAUUCUCAACAACAAAGAUGGUCUUGAACUCAUCAAGGUUGCUAUCGCAAAUGCUGGAUACACCGGCAAGAUCGAAAUUGGUGUGAACGUUGCUGCAUCUGAAUUCCACAAAGAAGGUAAAUACGACUUGGACUUCAAAAACCCCAACUUCGACAAAAGCAAAUGGAUCACCCCUGACCAACUUCUUGACCUCUACCAAGAAUUCAUCAAAGAAUACCCCAUCGUUUUCAUUGAAGAUCCCUUCGACCAAGAUGACCGGCCAGCAUGGACUAAAAUCACUGCUGCAACUUUCAUCCAAAUUGUUGGUGAUGAUUUAACAGUCACAAACCCAAAACGUAUCCAAACCGCAGUAGAGAAAAAAGCUUGCAACUGCUUGCUUUUGAAAGUCAACCAAAUUGAUACUGUGGCAGAGUCUAUCCAAGCCCACAAUCUUGCCAAGGCCAACGGUUGGGGCACCAUGGUUUCCCACAGGUCUAGUGAAACCGAAGACACUUUCAUCGCCGAUCUUGUCGUUGGUCUUUCCACUGGUCAAAUCAAGACUGGAGCUCCUUGCACAUCAGAACGUCUGGCUAAAUACAACCAAAUUCUCCGUAUAGAAGAAGAAUUGGGAUCCGCAGCAAAAAUGCUGGAAAAUCAUUCCGUAAACCUCAGGGGUAGUAAGGUUUUGAAGCCUAAACGGGAAACAGGACCAAUGGACGUGAAAACGUUAGGAAUAUGGAGAAGAGAAAAAACGACACCAGCAGAUGAACGAUUUUUUACUUCAAAAGAGCAAAUUGGACCCAAGAAAAACAAACCAAGAGCUCCAACAAGAUCUAGCAGAAUCAGAUGUAGUGAUUCAUGGCUUAAAUGUUCGGAAAAAACUUUUGGAAAAUGGUAG